CAACAUCGGUGCACUGAACAUCACUGGGCGUUUGGAGGACCUCUCGUGGAUCUCAAGCCUCACCAACCUGCGCUCUCUCGGGUUGAGUUACAUGUCGAGUGUGGAAGGAGACCUCUCAUCCCUCAAUUUUCUCACUGCUCUCGGAUCUAUGCAAAGCCU